AGUAAUUAAGUAACGAAGAGGCUAUAAAAUGUAGUGUAAUUAAAAAAAAUGUGUUUUUUGUCAAGUGUAUGAAGCAAAAUGAAGGUGUCAGUUUUUGUGUUUGUCUGUGCGUUUGUUGGCAUUCUCUGUGAUGCCGACAUUUCUUUCAUCCAACCAUGCCACUCCUACGACUGCGCCUGCCUCAAGUCUUCAGCGCAACAGGCCCUGCCUUAUAUAGCGGCUGGGAUACCUGAGCUGGGCAUGGGUACACUGGACCCCAUGAACGUUGCCCAUGUAGCCACCAACCAGCAGGGACUGGAUAUUGACUUCAGAAACACGGUUGUGAAGGGGCUGAGGCACUGCCUGGUUUUGGAUCUUGCGAUGCAGCAGGGUCAUAUUUCCAUAGAUCUGCAAUGUUCUGUGGUGCUCACUGGAGAUUAUAGCCUCAAUGGUAAUCUGAUGGACUUCCAGAUUGACGGGAAUGGACCUUAUGAUAUCAUAAUUCGUGACAUCGUAGUCCAAGUGGUGCUGGAUACUGAUCUACGUGAGGAGGGCGGAGACACAUACUUGAAUAUUAGAAACUGGAGUCAUUCAGCCCAUGUGCUUACGAACGUGAAGUUCCACUUCGAAAACCUUCUGCCUGGCAACAAGAGAUUGGCUAAAACAGUCGCGCACUUAGCUAACUCAAAUUGGCGCGUGAUUUUCGACGAAAUGGCCCCUCCGAUUGUGAAGGCGAUAGUGGCCAGGAUUGUUAAAGAAACCUCCAAAUUGUUCGAUAACGUUCCUCUCAAUAAACUCUCUCUUGAUUAUGAGUAA